CUCUCACUUCUUCCAAUGGAGAAAUUGUAGAUCAUGUGGAAAGUACAUCCGUGUUGUGGUUACUAAUCUUCUGACUGUCUCUAAAUGUUUUGCACAAGAAUUUCCUUAUCUGCGGCUUAUCAUAUGUCAAUGGCCCAAUUAUUGAGAGUACAUAAUCCAAAGUUGUGAUAUGGCACUCUAUGAACUAAUUUAAUAGCCGCUGUCGACUGCAUUUAUAGUGAUAGAAUUCCACUGACUGUUUUCAUUUAAGACGAGCAGGAGAGGUCUGUGAUAAUCCAGUGAUUUACAAAAUCAGCUUUUUUUGUGAUAAAACAUACCUCUGACCAUCGUUUUAAAUUUACAAUGAAAUUAAUACAAUUUCGCAAUUGUCGUCUGCUCCGUAAUCAUACAAUUAUAAAGGAUGAUUUGUGGGUUAGGAAUGGAAAAAUAAUUGAUCCCAUGGGAGUAUUCUUUGACGAAGAGUGUCACAGUGAUAUCCAAAUUGAUUGCAAAGAAGCCCUAAUAGCCCCAGGAUUUAUAGAUCUUCAGAUAAAUGGUGGAUAUGGUGUAGAUUUUUCUUAUGAUAUUAACACAGUCUGGGAAGGUGUAUCCAAAGUGGCCAAAGGUCUUCUUUCUCACGGAGUCACAUCAUUUUGUCCAACUCUUGUGACAUCUCCUAAGGACACUUACACCCAAGUUCUUCCUAAAAUUCCACGAAAAGCAGGAGGUCCUGAUGGUUCAACAAUACUGGGAGUUCAUCUUGAGGGUCCUUUCAUAAAUCCGAGCAAAAAGGGUGCUCAUCCAGAAAAUUGCAUCAGAGAUUUUCCCAAUGGAAUAGAUUCAUUACUGGAGGUUUAUGGAGAUCUGAGUAAUGUUUCAAUUGUCACAUUAGCACCGGAAAAGGAAAAUGCUAAGGAAGUGAUUGAGGCGCUAACGAGAAGAGGAAUCACAGUAUCUCUAGGACAUACAAUGGCUAAUCUUAAAGAGGGGGAAAUAGCUUGCAAUAAUGGAGCAACGCUUAUAACUCACCUUUUUAAUGCGAUGUUACCAUUCCACCAUAGAGAUCCUGGAAUAGUAGGUCUUCUGUCCUCAGACGCCAUCCCACCAGGGAAGACAGUCUUUUUUGGUAUAAUUGCUGAUGGAAUUCACACGCAUCCAGCUGCAUUACGCAUUGCUCACAGAGUCCAUCCUAAAGGGCUGAUUCUCGUGACCGACGCCAUCUCUGCCAUGGGCCUUUCCGAGGGAACUCAUCACAUUGGACAGAUGUCUGUAGACGUAAUUGGAGGUAGGGCCUAUGUGGCAGGAACGAAGACUCUCUGUGGAAGCAUAGCACCUAUGGAUGAGUGUGUUAGAAUCUUUUUGGAUUCUUCUGGAUGUGGAACGGUGUUUGCUCUUGAAGCCGCAUCCUUGACUCCUGCUAAGUGUUUGGGGAUUGAAAGCAAAAAGGGUACUCUGAACUUUAACGCUGAUGCGGAUUUCGUUUUAUUGGACGAUGCCCUGGAGGUAUGUUCGACCUGGAUUGCGGGCGAGUGCGUGUACCGGAAUCCGGAAAAGGUGUCUUUUGUCGUUACCGAAUCAUGAUGUCCUGUUGAUUGCAUAUAUUUAUCAAUACAUAUGGUUAUUUUUGGAA